CGCGGGGCUCCCGAGGCCCUACGAGAGGGAGCCCUUAAUUCUUUAGGUCUGAACGUCCCGCAUGCAUUAUCCAGUGCAACUCUGGGCUCGGGCUUCUGCUUGGCGCUGCCGGGAGACAGCGGCCCGGCGCCGGCGUCCGGUUCCCACGCGCUCUGCGGGGCCCGCGGCGCCUGCUGGGAGCUGUAGUGCGAGCUGUGCGCACUGCGUUCGCCGAGGGGGAGGGCGGAGCUGCCGGCGGCCCGGGCGGGCUGGCAGCUAGAGUGGGUGCGAUUACCGCCUCCGCCUCUGCCGCCUCCGCCGUCGCCUCCUCCGCCCGGGCCGUUCGCUGCUGCGCGGGGAGAGCGAGGCGGGGCCGCCGGGGCCGCCAUGGAGCCCGACUCGGUGAUUGAGGACAAGACCAUCGAGCUCAUGUGUUCUGUGCCAAGGUCUUUGUGGCUAGGCUGCGCCAACCUGGUAGAGAGCAUGUGCGCACUGAGUUGCCUGCAGAGCAUGCCCAGUGUCAGAUGUCUCCAGAUAAGUAAUGGAACGUCAUCCGUGAUCGUCUCCAGAAAGAGGCCGUCAGAAGGAAACUAUCAAAAAGAAAAAGACUUGUGUAUUAAAUAUUUUGACCAGUGGUCUGAAUCAGAUCAGGUGGAGUUCGUGGAGCACCUUAUUUCCCGAAUGUGUCAUUACCAGCAUGGACAUAUCAACUCGUACCUGAAGCCCAUGUUGCAGCGGGACUUCAUCACCGCGUUACCAGAGCAAGGCCUAGAUCACAUAGCAGAAAACAUUCUUUCCUACCUGGAUGCCAGGUCUCUGUGUGCCGCAGAGCUGGUGUGUAAAGAAUGGCAGCGAGUGAUCUCGGAAGGAAUGCUUUGGAAGAAGCUGAUCGAACGAAUGGUGCGCACUGACCCUCUGUGGAAGGGACUUUCAGAAAGAAGAGGGUGGGAUCAGUACCUGUUUAAAAACAGACCCACAGAUGGCCCUCCCAAUUCAUUUUAUAGGUCACUGUACCCAAAGAUUAUCCAGGAUAUAGAGACUAUAGAAUCUAACUGGCGGUGUGGACGACACAACUUGCAGAGGAUUCAGUGCCGCUCUGAAAAUAGUAAAGGUGUCUACUGUUUACAGUAUGAUGAUGAGAAAAUUAUCAGUGGCCUACGAGAUAAUUCUAUUAAGAUUUGGGAUAAAACCAGCUUGGAAUGUUUGAAAGUGUUAACGGGGCACACUGGCUCUGUCCUUUGUCUCCAGUACGAUGAACGUGUCAUUGUGACUGGCUCUUCAGACUCGACAGUGAGGGUCUGGGAUGUGAACACGGGCGAAGUUCUGAACACGUUGAUCCACCACAACGAGGCCGUGCUGCACUUACGCUUCAGCAACGGGCUGAUGGUGACUUGUUCCAAGGACCGCUCCAUCGCUGUGUGGGACAUGGCUUCUGCCACCGAUAUCACUUUACGCCGCGUCUUGGUCGGCCACCGCGCUGCUGUCAAUGUAGUAGACUUCGAUGAUAAGUACAUCGUGUCUGCCUCUGGUGACAGAACCAUCAAAGUCUGGAGCACGAGCACCUGUGAAUUUGUCCGCACGCUGAACGGGCACAAGCGAGGCAUUGCCUGUCUCCAGUACAGAGACCGGCUGGUCGUUAGUGGGUCGUCAGAUAAUACCAUCAGGCUGUGGGAUAUCGAAUGUGGCGCCUGUUUAAGAGUCCUAGAGGGACAUGAAGAGUUGGUCCGAUGCAUCCGGUUUGACAACAAGAGGAUUGUCAGCGGGGCCUAUGACGGGAAAAUUAAAGUUUGGGACUUGCAAGCUGCUCUCGACCCUCGCGCCCCAGCCAGCACACUGUGUUUGCGCACGUUGGUGGAACAUUCUGGACGUGUGUUCCGGCUACAGUUUGAUGAAUUUCAGAUCAUCAGCAGCUCUCACGAUGACACUAUUUUGAUUUGGGAUUUCUUAAAUGUGCCUCCCAGCGCCCAGAACGAGACCCGCUCUCCCUCCAGGACAUACACUUACAUCUCCAGAUAACAGUCUGCACUUUCCCCGUUCUGGGGUUUCCUAGUCUUGAACUACUGGCUACAUGGCUACCCAAUGCCUAAGGGAGUUCUUCACGGCUGAGUUAUGAAGCUGGAAUUGGUUCUAGACGCUGGGUAGAUGCGAAGCAGCCUAACUCUUCAAGUACUGACCUUUCUCACUUCCGAUUCCAGCCUCCACUUGGAGAAGGAUACCUUAGCUUCACCGACUUCAAGUAGGACAGAAGCCCAUUUUCUCCCCCCAUCAGUGAAAAAAAUCUAACGCUUCAAGUGUAAAUUGUCCAUGUAAAAGGAACGGACGGUCUGCCGGAAGUAAAUCGACAGUCAAGAGAAGACUUGGCCUCUAAUUUAUAUCGCUUUGCACUUUGGUCUGAUGUUAAGAAGCAGCAUUCUUCGGUGAGACUUGGGGUGCCAAACACCUACCCAGAACGUCCAGGGCUUUCCUUUGGGAAGUUAGCAUUCUCCUUUUGACUGUCCACGUCUUUCUGAAUUCUGACUUGUAUUAAGAACAUGUUGGACAAUGGAAAAAUUUCUCUGGAUGGUUUUAGUAAUAUUUUUUGGAUUACACUUCCCUUCUGUAUCAUUUCUUUUAAUUUAAAGAACUGUAAGCAAGGCUAUAUUAUCUCCUAACAGAUAAUAUAGCUUUUUUAUUAACUGUUCUCUGUACCCCACCCAUCUCCUGAUAUUCGGUAGAGUAACACCUUUACACACGUGCUUGCCUCCUAAUUUAAAAUACUGUAUCCGCAUGUAGAUAUAAUGUACAUAACAGUUUAACCUCAAGGUUGCUGGAGUCGGGGCCCCGGGCCUGAGACACUAAUGCAGAGCGCGUUCGCACUCGGCCGUGGGCUGGGCUCAAGAAUCAACGCCAGGGUUGCUGUGGAUUACCUAGAACCCUUCCUACAGUAUUCAUACGGUGUUUUUAUUUUGUCAUUGUCCUCGUGUGUGCGUGGUGAGUGUUUUUAACGGGAAUCUUGUUUUAAAAUGUAAUCUCUAAAGCUUAACACAGAAUGUUUGCUUGGUUGUGCAGUACAUACGAUGGAAAGGUACCUUAACAUUUUUUCGUUCUUUUCCUCGUUAAGUGCUCCUGAGUACUAGUGGUCACUUCCCGUAGUAUUCAUUCGACGUCACUGGCAAAGUCAUUCUGUGCGUUAGUAACCUGGGGACGGAGAACAGCAAGGCCCUGUCGACAGGUUUCCUGGCUCUAGCAGUCACGCGUCCUGACCUUGUCGGGGGGCCGGCCGGCCCUGCUUGCGUGCCGGAGCCCACGUGCCGGGUCAGGCUGGUUCAAGGGCCCGUGUCGAGUGGAAGGACGCAAAGCCUCAAGCUCACGAAUCUCGUCCCCGUCAUCUGGUGUCAUCCGGUGUCACCUGCUGCGGUGGCCCCGGCAGCUUCUCCGAGCUCCCGUGUGCUGGGCAGCCCGAGUGUGUGACGGGCACCGCCGUGCUGACGGUGCAUGGGAAGGACCUUGGCCUCCGGUGGGCGCUCCUUUCCCCCGUUCAGUAUUAGGUUUCGAUUUGCCCCUCGCCAUUGUUUCCAAAGAUCAAGGAAUGUCGAUACCAUUUUAAAGGACCAAUGAGAACCUCCUGUCAAUCGAGAGCACCUCUUCCCGGGGAGGUGCUCUGUACUACUCAAGGGAGGGUCCCCAGGCUCUGUUCGUCCUUCGCAUUGAGAACGGUGUGGGGAUCAAUGUGCGUGUGUGUGUGUGAUUUGUUUAUUGGGUUGGCUUUCCUUUUCCUUUUUUUUUUUUUAAUACAUCCCUCCUUACAUGUCACUAAAUUAAUUUCUAUUUUUGAGAAGUUGAGUCUCAAAAGUGUAAAAAAGAAAUAGGCUCCAUUCACAAGGUGGGUGCUGUGAGCUGGACGGCGGCUGUGGGAGCGAGGUGGCUGUCCCCGCCCUUCCCCCUUCCCCCGCAGCUGCACUAGCAGCCGGGUCAGGAGAGCCCCGGGGGUGGGGGGAGGGAGAGGCAGUUCUUCUGAAUGAAUGGACUUUUCGUUGUUGUUUUUGCAUGUUUAAUAUAAAAGUUCUUGUUCCUUGGGAGAUCAUGGCCUUUGAAUAUGCACACAACCCUUGAAUUGUGCCUACUAAAUUAUAGCAGGGGACUGGCACCCAAGGAAUUCUGACUUUCUGGGAUGAUCGUAGUAAUUCCCAGCCGUACUCUGGACUUUAUUUUGCUAACCAUAAUUGAGCAACUGUAAAUUACUGCUAUAUUAAUGUUUUAAAGCACUGGGAUAGUCUAAUUCUAACUUGUAAUUAAUUAUGUUUGCCAAUUAUCUGUUUGAAAUAAAUUUGUGUCUGAACAGCUAUUGAAGCUGUUAAAUUGUACAGAUAUUAUUCAUGACAGCUUUGUACUGUGGAAUGUGCUUAAUAAAAAACAAAAAGUUGACCUUUGUCCAAUAAAUUGCUAAGUAAUGUCAGUAAAUCAAGUAUGAGUAUUAAUGCAAUACAUCUAAUCUGGCUUCAUGCAAUUGUUACUUCAGCUACUAAUUCAAAGCCAAUACUCUAAUAAAGUGUUGCAAUACUCUAA